GUUUUGCAAAAAGAGCAUUUUAUAAGCUUUAAUUAUGUCUGUUCCGCUUGCUUAACUAACAGGGACCACCUGGCCCUCCUGGACCCCCGGGACCACCCGGAAAAGAAGGUUCAAAGGGUGAACUUGGCUUGCCUGGCCCUGCUGGGGUUGAUGGCGAAACGGGUGAAAAGGGAGACACUGGGGAGCCUGGUGAACCUGGAGACAGGGGGGAGAAAGGAGAAAUGGGCCUCUCUGGUCCCUCUGGAAUGGAUGGGCAGAAAGGAGAGAAAGGAGAGUCUAUACUAGAAGACAAUCUGGUUCAGAUGAUUUCACAGCCUGGACCACCAGGGCCUCCAGGUCCACCAGGACCACCUGGAUACAUGGGUCAUCGUGGCUUGUCAGGCCCCAAAGGCGAUCCAGGGGAGAGUAUUAAAGGAGAGAAGGGAGAAACUGGUGCUGCAGGAAUACAAGGCCUUCAUGGUCCUCAAGGGGCCCCAGGAGCAACAGGAUUAGUUGGUCUUCCCGGCACAAAGGGUGAAAAGGGAAAACAAGGGGAACCUGGAUUAGAUGGUUUUCCUGGCAUUAAGGGAGACAGGGGUGAUCGUGGAGAGAAAGGAGACAGGGGAGAUCGCGGUCCUGUUGGAAAGAGAGGGCUCAAGGGAAAGAAAGGCGAACAGGGGCCGCCGGGUCUGGACCAGCCCUGUCCCGUGUCAUUAUGGCAGUGUAUAUUGUAUAUAUGUGCUCUCGCUGACAGGGAGCUGAUGGAUGUAAAAAAGAGGCAGUGGAAACGGGGCAGCCGGCCCCUGAGGCCCCCUGCCCACUGGGUCCUGAUGGACUUCCAAUACCAGGUUGCUGGCACAAGGAACAGGGAAUGCUUCAGAAACUCAAGAGGAAACAUCUCUCCCAGCCUUGAUUGUCUUCAAGAACCCGAGGAGUUUAAAUGACUUUACAGUCCCUCAAAUGACGGCAUCUCAAUAAUAUUGGUUAAUAUUGACUGUCCUCAGUAUGCAGGUCGAAUGAGGGUGCAGACAGCCCUCGCUAUGGUCAAUUUUUUUCAUGGAGGAACAUAGUUGAGCUCUUGGAGAUGAUAAGAGAUCAGGGAUUGACCUCAUGGAUGCAGUUGCUCCACAAGACGGCAACAGCAGCCUGAUAUAAGAGGCUUUGGCAUCGGAGAUGAUACUGAACAGAUCCUUAUUUUAAGAAUAUCAAUGAACAGUAAUUUAUAAUGAUUUAUUUCUUAUGUGUUACUGUUUUAUGCUUGUUUUUUUGUAGUUUUUAACCCGCAAGCAAAAACACAAAGCAUCUGGAAUUGACGCCCAAAGACUAACUUUGGAUGGCGAGCAUUUACUUAUUAAUGCAUAAAUCAUUGAUAACAAAAGAAAUACUACAUCUGUUUUAAAUCAGCUCAGCAUAUACUGAGUGAGAAUAGAAUGUUAUAUCGUACCUGUUUAUUUACUACUGCAUCUACAUGUUGCUCACAUUUGUUGUGAUACUUCGAGAUAGAGUAUAUGUUGACUGUGACUACCUGACGUUGUUUUUAACAUCACAAUCCUUGAUACGUAUUCCAUAAUAUUGUUCAUAGUAAUUUAUGAUAUAUAUACUGCAGUGCUUUUUGAAGAUGGCCAAAACUGGAGGUGUUUUCAUAGCCUCAGUUCAGCUAUUAUGAGGACUCAAGUUUAAGGCUGUUUUUUAUGUUUGACAAAGUAUUGCUCUAUUAUCUUUCAUAGCAUGAAAGCAAAGAAGACAUUAGAGAUUCCAUUUUAUCAGUCUCAUUUUCUUUCUUUGGCUUUCCAAGAUUUAACACAGAGAAAAGACAACCAGAAGAGAUGUUUUUUUUUUAAAGGCAUUUUAGCAUGUUCAGCAUACAUUUCCAUGAUGGUGUACCCGCUUUCAGGGAUUUAAAACCAUUCUACAUAAGCUUUUCUGAAAUAUUUAUUGUUCAUAUUAAAUAACUGGUGUAAAAGUUCUUAUAAUGCAUAUAUGUUACAGAUAAUGCAUUUGAAUUUUUAUAAGCCUGUCUUUGGUGUUAAAUGGCUGACAAAAUGUUGCUAUGUUACUAUGUUGUGAUUUACAUAACUGUAAAAAAAAAAAAUUGAUUGACCAACGGCAUUAUAGCACCAUUUUAGAAACAAAACAGAAUGGGAGGGCAUUUUCAGAACAUUUUAUUGCUUAACUUUUUGUUUUUCCUUUGAAUUUCUUUACAGGUGUGUUUUUUUUCCAAACACAAAUAAUGUUUGAUUUUGAAGAUACAGAAAGAUGAUUUUGAAGAUAUUUUGCUGCUGAAACAGUAUUUGUAUUUAAUAGUUGACAUGGGGUAAGGAAAACAGCCUUACCGACUGCCUGACAGCCAUUACAUGCAUUGGUUUGCUUUCAAAGAUGUUUUAUAAAAUAGAAAUUAAAGUUUGUUACUAGUAAAUUAGUGAAAACUGUCUUUCCUUUGACCUUGGUCAUGGUCAAAAAGUGUGUGGUGUUUCAAAAGUUCUCCACAAUCCACUGUAAGCUCACAUUCAGACUGUUUCUCUGACACUUUUCAUGGUCAAAUCAAUUCCUAAUGGAUGAAAUCAAAUCCUGCACUUUUUCAUCAUUGCAUGAAUAUUCUGUUUCACUUGAAAAUUAUGUCACAGUGCGCAAGUAAUGAGUAAGAGUGCAGUUUUCUGUUGACUUUAAAUGCCAAGGUAAUUAAACAGGUUAUGACAUAAGAUUUUUUUGAGGUUUUGACAUAUAAAAAUGUUUGUAACAUUUAAACAUC